AUGGCGAGGCAUACUACCCUCCUCCUCGUGGCAAUAGUAGCCAUACUCGUCACUGCCACCGCCGCCACCCUGGUCAAGGCCCCAGCCCCCGCAGACAAGCCGAUGGCAUACGAAAUGCUAGGGCGAUAUGGCUUCCCACCGGGCAUCCUCCCGGAGGGAGUGCAUGACUACGAACUCCGACUGGAUGGCUCCUUUGAGGUACACUUAUCCGAUGAAUGCAAAUUACGUAUCGACAGCCAGUACGACGUCCACUACAACACUCGGGUCACCGGGAACAUAAAAAAUGACACGAUCAGCGGCCUCAAAGGCAUUGAGGUGAAGGUCUUUAUUGCGUGGGUCAGCAUAAAGGAGGUCGGCCGCGAUGGGGAUGAGCUUAGGAUGCACGCCGGGAUGAUAUCCAAGUCAUUCCCGGUCGAUGCUUUCUCCUCUAGCCCGAAGUGUAACUGA